AUGACGUCGCAACUCCACGCGGCAGACCAGCAACAAGACACUGAGUUCAGUAAGCGAACCCAAACAGCGCAUCUGAAGGAGUCCCUCCACCAUCUGAAAUGGUUCAGGGCGACGGAUGAUCUGCCAGCAGAACCUGGCCCUAUGCUUGUUCUGUCUUGCGGCCUGGCUGCAAGGGCGCUGCAUCUCUGGGAAGAGAGGUUCUUGAUGUCCAGCACAGGUGCAGGUCCCGUGAGAUCAAGAACAGAUACCCACUACGAUGUCCUUCAACUCCCUCGCCGUCCCGAACAGCUCGAUCGUCUGUCAAAGGACGACAUCAAGGCCGCGUAUCGGCGUGCAUUACUCAUACACCACCCAGACAAAGCUCCCAGCAGCACGAAGAACGCCUCCCUAAAGCCUCAGCAGAACAAUGGCGCUUUGGCGCCGACGCCCAUCUACUCCAUCGAUGAGAUUAUUGUUGCAUACGAGGUCCUAUCUGACCCUAAGCGACGCGCGGAUUAUGAUCGCAUCCUAGACCGCGCAGUCAGUUUUGGCGAGAAAGACAAGGGCGGAGAGAAAGGCACCCACAUUGGAGUAGAGAUCUAUGACCUCGAAGACCUAAGAUUCGACGAGUCUCAGGCGGUCUGGUCCAAGAGCUGCCGCUGUGGUGACGAACAAGGCUAUACUGUGACCGAGUCUGAUCUCGAGAAAGAGGCGCAGCAAGGGGAGAUCUAUGUCGGUUGUCGAGGAUGUAGUCUCUUCAUCAAGGUCUUGUUUGCUCUAGAAGAGGCAUGA